GAGAAUGAUGAGAGGGAUAACACAUCUAGACGGAGAACUGAGAGAAGUACUGCGUGAGACGCUGGGAAUACCCAGAGCGAACAAGAAGGCCGGAUCCUAGACUGGUUGCAUGGAUGGAGUUACAUCCCCAAACAAAAGGCAGUCCUCGUGCAGGUAGACACGAACAGAUGUAAAGGCACUUGACGUACACUACAUAGCAUGUUAUGAGGGUUAAUUAAACAUUAUAUCGAAAAUGCAAAUGAAUGCCAGAGUUUUUACCUAUUUAGAAGACCCGAGGACACCCAUACCAGGUCUACCACACAAAACCUGGUUGUCACAGCGACGUCAAACAGAAAGAGAACACCUGCACUGAUCCUGUUAUAUUAGACACAUGGACACUACUACUGCAAAUAACUGUUGACUGAAGUCUUAUCUGCAUCAUCCUUUAUAAGUACACCGCAAAUAACAGCCUUACCUGAAAAUUAUUUCAUCACUGGAUACUUUGCCACAAGGAACAUUUCACACCAAAGCAAAACAAAAAAAGAAAGGUGAGGUACAGGUAAGUGCUGCAUCUAUUUUUUCAUUGGGAUUCAAUUCAGACCUCAGUGUAUAUUUUUCAUUGUUCAUACAGUUGUUUGUUAUAUUAUAAAUGCCUACUGAGUAUGGGUUGAUUCUUUUUUUGCCACAUUAAAAUGCUAAUUUUAACAUAACAUUUUAUAUAAAUUUAUAUAAAAAUAUAAAGUAAUUUAAAAGUGUUAUGGUAUUAUUUUCCUUUAUUUACUUGUUUAUUCCAGCAAAUUAUAUUACUUGUGAUAAAUUAUUAUUUGUGAUAUUUUAAUAUCUGAGAACUGAAGCACAACAUUUCAGGUUUUGUGAAAUAAGGUGUUUGCAAAAAAAGAUUUAAGUCCUGUUGUAGUCUUGUUCUGGGGUUGCACAGUUGAAAAACAAUUGCUCUAACAAGGAUACAAUUGCCUUACAAUUGGCCUCCAUAUGUGAAACAUUAAAAUAACUACCAUUUCCUGACAACUUCACUGUCAAGCAUAAUUAUUCUGGUUCUGAGGAGAAAAUGCGUCCAAAGAAUGUCCUGGUCAAGUUGCUUUUUAGUCAUAAUUCAAAGACAUGUGUGUAAGUCAAGCCUCGCCCCCUCCACAAAAAGAAAGAAAAACACCUAUGGUCAUGCAGGAUAGAUGCUGCUGGAGCAAAUCACCAGAGAUCAGGCAUUUGGUUAAAUAGAAGUGGGAAUGAGUUGUGCAAAUUUUACCAGGAGAAUGAUACCAACUGCAGACUCAAAUUUGCAUCAAAAUGGCUUGAGAACAAAAAGCUGAAUGUUCAGCAAAGGGCCAGUCAAAACCCUGAUCUCAGUCCAACUGAUGAUCUGUGACAGAUUUCGAAAAUUGCAGUGUGUCAGUGUUAUCUGACUAACUAGAACAACCUGUGGAGCAAAUCUGCAUAGACGAAUAAGCCAAAAUCAAACCUGAACAGUGUGUGCUGCAGACUGGUCCAAAAUAUCAUAAUUGUUAAUAAUAUAAUUGUUUUUAUUUGUUUAAAUUAAAUUCAUUUUUGCGUAAAUGCUGCAGUAGUAAUAGGCAUAACCAUCAGUAUUUUAUAUUUUUAAUAGUUUCGGAUUAAAACAUCAAAGAGAUAUGUUUAUAAUGUACCGUAUUGUUUUUUUUUUGUUUGCUCUGAUUCAUUCCCUCGAUGAGGUAAGUCAAGAGUGCAGUGCUAGUGUUGGCCUGUCCGGUAUGUGCACACAGCUUGGAUCCAGACUACACACAUACGCAAGCACUAACGCAAAUGUACAAACACUCAUAGGUGGCUCAUAUACCAGCACACUUAGUUGGCCCCUGGCCUCCCCUUGCCCCUUGCCAGAACCCCAAUAGCUAACAUGUCCCCCUAAAUCAUAUCCCUUCCCACAUACACACAAUUUCUCUCAUGCACACCAAAACACAUUUAGUCUCGACUUUAAUAUGAGAUACCCAAUCACUCUUAAACCCUGAUCCCAAACCCCUCUAAACACAACUUUCCCUCUAAACGUAUUUUAUUUUGAUGUUUUUACGUGCAAAGGGACUCCUGACACAUUAACCUCUCCAGGGCAUGUCUAACCCUUCUCCAUUUCCAAGGGAAACUACACCGUCUGCAAAUACACCGUUACCCAAUCAUCCCUGAAACUAAAGCUAAACUCGAGGUUACAGGACGACACUUAACAUUGUGGUUUACAGAUUCUGCCGCUUGUGACUGCUAUGGAGCUUUAACAGAAAUAGGAUAUAUAGCCUAUAUAUAAAAUUUUUACUUAGGUACUUUUAUUUUAUUUUGUUUUUUUUUAUUUUAUUGCACAUAUACUGGAAUAAUCCCUGAACAUGAGUUGAUUUUAAAUUAUUCUCAUGUAACUCAGAUGUAGAUUAUUGUCUAUUCUGACAAUUUGAUGUCAAAUUUAAUUAUCAUUAUUUGUUGUGUGAAAUAUUAUAAUGUUCUCAUCUCAGGGUUCAAUUGAAUUCAAUUUUAUCUUCUCAUGUUUUAUUGCAUUAACUAUCGAUGCAUACAUUUCCCCCAACUUGUCCCUCGGCAUGUUAAUGUUUCUUCUUUCUUGUUUAUUUGACUUUUCUCUCAUCUUGCUUCUUUCUGCCUCUCCAUUUUGCAGGAUGCCAGAGAAAGUGUGCAAGUUUCAAGGUCAGUGUUAUCAUAAACUGAAGAGAUCAUGUCUGAGGCGAGGGGCUUUGUUCCAAGAUCCAUUCUUUCCUCCUUUAGCCGAGUCACUGUUCUACAAAAGGAGGCCCCCUGCAGGACUGACGUGGAAGAGACCUAGGGAACUGUGUAAAGAUCCACGGCUAUUUGUGGAUGGAAUCAGCACAAGGGAUCUGCACCAGGGCAGUCUGGGUAACUGCUGGAUGGUGGCAGCCACAUCAUGUUUGGCAGCAGAAUCCUCACUCUGGAAGAAGGUGAUCCCAGACCACGCUGAACAGGAGUGGCACCCAAAGCGCCCGGAUCUGUAUGCUGGAAUUUUUCACUUCCGUUUCUGGCGAUUGGGCCAGUGGACAGAUGUCGUGGUGGAUGACCGAUUACCGGUCAGUGAAGAUGGAACGCUGCUCUUCUGCCGUUCUGCAACGCCGGAAUUCUGGAGUGCUUUGUUGGAGAAAGCUUAUGCCAAGCUAAAUGGGUGUUACGAGGCUUUAGAGGGAGGUAAUACAGCCGAAGCCCUAGUCGAUUUUACUGGUGGUGUCUCUGAACCAUUGAGUUUGAACCAGGAGGAGCUGAUCCAGCAUGUUGACCAGAGAAAAAUGCUGUUCCAGACACUAGCACAUGCACACAACCAUAAAGCUCUCAUCACCUGUUCCAUUCGGCCAGCAGAAGGAGAGCAGGUGGAGUCAGUUCUGGACUGCGGACUGAUAAAGGGUCAUGCAUACGGUGUGACUGCAUUCAAAAAACUUCGCAUGUCAGAGACUCGAUUGCAUAUGGUCCGGAUGAGGAACCCUUGGGGCACAGCAGACUGGACAGGAGCGUGGAGUCUGGGGUCUCCUCAGUGGCAGCAGCUUAACCGCAAAGAACGGGACAAGAUGGGCCUUAUUGUCCGAGAUGUUGGAGAGUUUUGGAUGGAGUUUGAGGACUUCUGCCAUUACUUCACAGACAUGGUGGUUUGCAGGUUGCCGGAAAAAUCCCUCCUUUGGCCACAGACCCAAUGGAGGGAGGUGUGCUGUCAGGGUGCCUGGACCUAUGCAUCUGGUAUCCAGCCUCCUCUCUCAUCUUCUUGUCAUCUCAACAUCAAGAACGAGAGGCCUUCAACCAGGCUCCAGUGGUCCAAACAGAGGCCAGCUCAAAGACGAGACAAAAAAGAACAAAGACUGAGUGAAAGGCAGAAAGAGGGUCAAAUCCAAGGACAAAAACAGAAAAAGAAAGAAGAAGUAAAAACGAAGCAAACUAAGGGGAGAAGGGAGCAUGUGAAAAAACAGGCAGAAUGCUCCGAGAUGAGACGGGAGAGGCAAAUAGACCAAAGAAGUCGGUGUGGAGGAUGUAUCAAUCACAGAGACACAUUUCUAUACAACCCACAGUUCCUUUUUGAACUGGCUGGAGAUGGGGCAGAGGUGCUGAUAUGUUUGCAACAGGAGGACAGGAGGAUGAAAAGGAGAGAAGGAAGUGGGGAGAACUUACCAAUCGGCUUUGAGGUUCUAAGGGUGGAGGUGAAUCGUGUUUGUCGUGUACAGUGUUUAUGUGAGCAGGCUGCUAGCUCUGUGUAUAUGGACUCCCGGAGCGUUACUCUUCGAGUGACUCUUGGCCCCGGACGCUACGUCAUCCUCCCCACUACUUUCCAGCCUGGUGCCACUGGUCGCUUCCUACUGCGUUUUUUCUCACACUCACAUGUGCGCCUCAGGGAGUUGAAGGAAGACCUACCUGCUCCUUCAUUGUGGCAGUGUUGUAUUCCUGAGCCAAGCGCUGUAACUACAGUCCAUCUGCUCAAAGCCUCUGGACUUAGCCAUCCCAAACAAAAAGCUCCUGAUGUGUAUGCUGUCAUCCGUUGCGAGGAAAGCUCUGUGAGGACUAAAAUUUUCAAAAAAGAUGGAAGUCCUGAAUUCAACACCAAGGCCAUAUUUUACAGCAGGAACCCAAAGUCCAAAAUAUCUAUUGAGCUGUGGAAAAGAGGUUUGCUGUGGGACACGUUCCUGGGAGGAGCACGAAUUCAGACAGGAGGACAGGAACGCUAUCAAAACAGAGUGAUUGACUUGCAGGGCGGCCAAUCACGCGGCUGUGUUUUUAUAGAGACUUCCUCCAGCCAGUGUCUGACAGACCUGUGACCUAGUCACGGGAAUGACUUAUGAUAUAUCGUCAAAGGACUCACAUUUCUGCCAUACUUCAACGUAGAAAUCUUCUGGAGCAAUCUGGGGUCAUGUGCUUUGCUCAAGGACAAGGUGAUGGAUGAAAUUCAUUGUAUCUGCUGGACAGAUCGUGAAAAAAACUUAAGGCCUCGGAUUAUAAUUACUAAAUAUGACUGCAGUAUAAAUUAAAUCUGCUAUUCACGUUGAUGCUCUUCGUCAGUGUUAAUGGUUGUUACUGAUAUCUCAGGAUGUCUUUUAAAGCUAAAUUUUAACUUAACUUAAAACAUGUUUACCUAAAAUAAACAUGUAAACUGCCAAAAAAAAAUGUCUUUUCUAUCUGUAGUUCUUGAACACAUUGUUACGUGUUUGUGUUGUUCGUACUCACUACUUGCUGUGCUAUCAUUGUGUAUGGUAUUUGUUUUGAUGUUUGUUACUUGCCACCGUGUUUAGUUCGUUCCAUUUUCCCAUACACUGUAAAACAUCACGCGUUAUGUGUUAUGACGCCGGGGAGAAGUAGACAGGUAAGGAUGUCACGUGACAUACACUACAACACGUAGGAAUCUGCCUUGUAUAGUACAUUACGUUAGGGCCGCGUGCCACCCCAAUGACUCUUGUUUUGGCUGAGCGAGUGUAGUUUAGUUAGGGCGUCUCGGACGCUGAAGACAUUUACUUUCCAUAUAUUUCUAUUUCUAGAUAGCUUAGGGGAAAUUAAGUAGCUGGAGGCUGUUUUUGAUUUAUUUUCUUUGAUUUAGCUCCGCCCUCGUCCUUUCUUCCCGUUCCCUCCGUCUCGUGUAUUGUUCAUGUAAAUACUGUAAAUAGUGCACAUGUAUAUACGUUUUCCUUUUUGUUUCGUCACCUCUAAACUUUCAGUAUUUAAUAAUCACAAACAAAAAUUAAAGCAUUC